AAAUUGUCCUGUAGUCUCAAAGUUAUUGCUACAUAUUUACAGAAACGCGAUCAACGAGUAUAUCAUUGUACUUUCGAGUCGCGUUCGAUAGUAGCAAACUUUAAAUAUCUAGAUGGUAACCAUUCGUCCCUAUAAAUUGAUCGUUGAAAAAGAAAAAAUAUCGAAAAAUGUAUAAAUCGAGUCAGGAACCCGAUAUACCUGCGGCAUUAGGUUUGUUGACACUUUUAAGUAAUGAAGAAUUAAAAGAUAUAUUAAACGACGAUAGCAAGUUUGAAGACAUUGUAAAGGACAUAAAACAGUUUAAAGAACUUGAAACCGAAAAAGAAGUACUUAUGGCAAGCAAUAGAUCGUUAGCGGAAUUUAAUCUUUCGAAACAACCAGAAUUGGAAGAAGGUAAACAGAUUUUGAAAGAGCUUAGCGACAAAGGACAUCAAUUAUGCAUCAGCGUCAAGGAAAAACUCAACGAGAUGAAGGAUAGAUCGGGAGCUAUGACAGUUGACACGGCAUUAGACCUUUUGCAAGCAGCUGCUGCAGAAAUUGAGGAAGAAUCGGAGAAAGUGGCUGAAAAAUUUUUAGCUGGCGAUAUAGAGGUGGAUGAAUUUUUAGAACAAUUUUUAUCUAGACGAAAAUUAAUGCACCUACGUAAAGUUAAAGUCGAUAAGAUCAGAGAAAUAAUGCGAAAAUCGUCGCAGGCUUCAUCAUAUUUUACUUCUAACUUUACUGUUAUUGCACCUUCCAUACCCUACCCGACAGGACCGGUAUCAAUGCCAAUGCCCGUACCAUCGGGUCCUUCUCUUUAUAGACCAUAUUGAAUAGACCUGUAUGUUGUUUCCGUUCUCUUACCUUUUGAUCUUUCUUUUCUUUUUUCUUUUCCUUUUGUAAAUAAUGUGUAUACACACGAAAGAGGUGUUGUACGUGGCACGUACGAAUACUUGUAAUCCUGUAUUUCGAAAAUACAAAAGAAAAUUAAAAUA